AUGUUGCCCACUGCUGGCUUGUUCCUACCGGAAACACUGCAUCGGGCUGACCUCCCCACGCCAGCGUCUACGGAGACCGAAGGAACGAGGCUGAAGUACUUCCAACGCAAGAUCGGGCGGCCAAAGCAGGAGCCCAGGAACUCUGAAGACCGGCGGCCAUCAAUUGCUAUUCCAAGGGAAACGCCCGAUGACAUCUCAUGCGACUUUCCAGCGAUACCGACUACCUACUACUUUGCGGACUAUGUCCUCACCACUGAGAAGGCUUCUGCGGAUACCAUCGCUUUCGUGAGCAUCAUCCAACAAGUGCGACAAGAUAUCGAUGAGGCGACGCGCCUUUUCAUCUCGUCUGCGGUUUCGAAUUUCCUGGAUGCUUAUCCAAAUAAGCGGAGAUGGAUCGAGACUUCUUUGCUCGAGGUGCGGCGUGCUCUUAAUGAGAUCGGCAUGGAUAUGGACAAAGCCUGGGGCCACGAUGGAGAUGGCGGCACAGCUGCAUCGAAGCUCAAGCUUGAGUGGGGUCUAAGAAACCAGAAAAAAAUUCUGAAAAAGAAGCAGCUAUUAGAUCAGUGCCACGCUCAGUUGACCGGUGCUAUCUACGUCAUGCAAACGGCAGAACUUUGUGGGAAGCCUGGUGCUAUCGCAGAAACACCCAUUUUCGAGGCUCCGGUACGACCUUGGGUACCUCAUGAUGAGAAAGACGCGCUACGUGGGCCUUAUUCAAGGCAGAAAUACCGAACGAAUCAGGCGAAUGUCUCCGCAUCAAAUAUCACACUGGCGUCUGAAGCCGAAAAAGACGACGUCGAAACCGGUAGUGUCAAUUCGGUGCCUGUAGAGCUGGCCGGUAGUACGCCGGCUGACUUGGACAUCGAGGAGAGGCAAAACUCACAGACCUUCUUGAGCCCUCAGGUAUCCCGCGAAUUCAAUACUGAAAGCUCGACACUGUCCAGACGACCACGAGCACGCUCAGACUACUCCCGACAAUCCGUCCUUCGGGAACCAAGACCUCGCGCCUCCAUCGAUGUCGCUCCUUCCACGUCGAAUAAUGGCGAUGCAACAAUCGAGCGCACCGACUCCACUCUGUCCACACAAGCUACGGUCAGCGUCCCCAUGGUAGCGAGACGGUAUCGAGCAACGUCGAUAGACAUCCAAAGGCAUAGCGAAAAGCACAGGUCUUUGCCAUCGGAGCUCCCUCAUCUCAAGAGCCAGCCGUCACUUAUCGAUGAUCUGGCGGACUAUGUGAUGCCUAGUGCGGCGAGUGAGAGGCUGCCGAGUAGAGAAUGGCCAAACACUCCAAUAAUUUCUAUUCCAUCGAUUUCGGUGACGUCGACCCCAACAACCGGUCAUAUGUUGCCUGCUGUCCCCGAGACGACGUCUAUGACGAAUGCGAUGACAGAUGAUCUAUCUAACAUCGCGACCAAGACUACUGCAGCUCAACCAUCGCCCCAUCAGCUUCCUACAAGUAGCGAAAGUCUUGCGCAAUCACCACAACAUAAGAAGGGGGAUGCGGAUGCGCCGUCGAUGAAUGAGGACGACUCGAGCCUGCAACGAAACAGCUUUGCCUCUGUGGAGCAGACGCCAGUCGAGCUAGACGAUGACGACGUCGUGCUCUCCGUCCUUCAGCAGCGACUUCGUAGCCACAAAGUCGUCAAGACGAUGGCGGAAGACUUGGUGCGACAGGCUUCCACAACAGAAGCGGCGCAACCGAUAACGGACACGCAACAAGCCAUACUUUCACCACCCGUAUUGCACGAGCAACCAAUUCCCACACCGAAACAAGAGUUGCGCGUGGAGGUACCACCCACUACCUCAUCAGUCCCAGUUCAGGUAGAGAUACCUCCUCCCGUUCCGUCUGUUCCAGUGCAGCCAGAAGAUGUCCCAGCGCCUUCCAAUGGAAGUCAAAACGGAGAUGGGCCGAAGAAACCUAUGUCAGCGCAGGCUAAGCGAAGAGCUGCGCACGCACGGAGAAUGCAACUAGCUUUUGGUGACGAUACGACGGCUUGA